CUCUGUCUCUCUCUCUCGUGUUAUCAGUGAGGAAACUUCUUAGACCUCCUCGUCCAACAGUAAUCUGACGUCCUCCUCUUUCCUGGUCCAAACUUGCGGAACUGCUGUUGUGUAGCUGUGGGUGUGAGACAGCAGCUGUGAACACGCGUUCACAUUCAGCCACAAGGAAGAGUGCAGAGGAAUUCAACACUGUAUUUAUCGGCAGCAUGUCUCCAGUGAAGGUGGUGAUGCAGGGUGGAGGACCUUGGGGUUUUAGGCUUGUCGGUGGAAAGGACUUCGAGCAACCUCUGGCUGUUUCCCGGGUCACCCCUGGCUCUAAGGCAGCUCAGGCCAACCUGUGUAUCGGAGACAUUUUCCUGGCCAUCGAUGGAGAAUCCACAGAGAACAUGACUCACAUGGACGCUCAGAACAAGAUCAAGGGCUGCGGAGAUGAGUUGGUUCUCUCCAUAGACAGGUCAGAAACCAAGUUGUGGUCUCCGCUCUCAUCCAAGGAAGGGAAGACACAUCCAUACAAGAUGAAUCUUGAGUCAGAGCCACAGGAGGUGAGACACAUCGGCUCCACCCACAACAGGAGCGCCCUGCCGUUCUCCGGCUUUGGCUCCAAAGUGGUGACCAACCAGUACAACAACCCUUCUGGCCUCUACUCUUCAGAGAACAUUGAGAACUUCAACUCGGCUGUGGAUGAAGUGAAAAGCAGCACUACAGCCAACGAACCUGCCAACAAAACUCCUACAGACGCUUCAAUGACAAACAAGCGGCCACCGUUGGCGGAAGAUUCAGAAGUUUACAAGAUGCUCCAGGAGAACCAAGAGUCCGACGAGCCACCCCGACAGUCGGCUUCAUUCAAAGUGCUGCAGGAGAUUUUGGAGUCAGGCGACUCUGAUAAACCAUCAGGGUUUAGGAGCGUGAAGGCACCCACGACAAAGAUCGGUUCCUCAGUAGGGAACACAGAGAAGUUACCCCAGUGUGACAAGUGUGGAUCUGGGAUCGUGGGUAUGGUGGUGAAGCUGCGGGACAAGUUCCGCCACCCUGAGUGCUACACCUGCACAGACUGCAACACCAACCUUAAACAGAAGGGACAUUUCUUUGUGGAGGACCAGAUUUACUGUGAGAAGCACGCAAGAGAGCGGGUGACACCGCCCGAGGGCUACGACGUGGUCACCGUCUUCCCCAAGUAGACGACCUGCUGAGCUCGGCCUGGGACUGCACGCCGCCAAACCACACGUGACAUGACAUAAUCUGAGACAUUACAGUAUUCAGCUGAUGCUACCAAAGAAGACGUGUUCAGACUGCAAACCUGUCACGAUGUUUCCUUAACAUCAGGUUGUGUCUGGCGGUAGUGGAAGUUAAAAUAGUUUAUAUCUGAUUAAUUUGUCCAAAAUUCUCAAAGCAAAACUAUGUCAGUGUGCUGCACAGAACUAGAUCAUCUCACAAGAUAAACUCAGUGUUGGACAAGAUGUAUUUAAGUCUAAGCUGUGGUCCAGUUUGCUGAGUAUUUCAAUAUUCUAAAGAUAUUGUACAACAGUUCAGUCUGACUUAAAACCAGCCAAAAUCUGAAAAGCUUGAUGUUGUUUAUGUGGCAGUCUGAACAUGGUCUGAAACUUCCAAAAUUUCUCCCCUACAUUUUGCGUCCGUACAGUCACUGGUAGGCAGACGAGUGUGAGCCUAAAAUGUUUCAAAGUGUUAAUUUGCACAUUAUGUUUGACUUCAAUGAGAGAUUGUUUGAUCUGAGGUAAGAGUUAAAAUCCCGCACCCCUCCCAGAAUGUAGUUUUGACAUGUAGAAUGACAACAAAUGUUUCUUUCUCUUUGAAUCAGAAAACCAUUCUUUCGAGACACGCUUUUAAUUCUUUUUUUUAAAUAAAUAUUUCCACUUUUAUUCAGCAAAAACUCAUAAAUAUCAUUGCCAAAUAAAUAUUUUUUAUCUUAAA